CCGCGAGCAGGCUUGUGAUGUGAUCGCCACCGUCCACCGUGUCACCAGUCCGUGUUCCGUGCGUAUAUUUUGUGUGGUUUGUGGCUUCUGUGCGCGCGGUACAACGUUACAACCGACGUUCCCAGCUUCGAUACUAAAUCAACUAAAUUUCCCAAAGAGCUCUCAUGAAGGAACCAUGAAGCGGUAAAAGAUUGUGCGAAGGUGUUCUGUAGAAGGCAACAGAAUGCAAAUUACUGUCUGGGGAGCGUUCGGAAAUUCCAGAAAUGAUGACACUUGAGAAAUGGGGAAUAUCGUCGUCUGCGGGGGUGAUUCUCUCAAAGAAAUUGCUUUGACCCACGUCAGCUCGCUCCGAUUUUCGAAGCGCAAAUUUACAACAACAAUUGAUCACCUGCCUGAUUAUGUGCUGCUCGACAUUUUCAACUACCUCGACUUUUUGGAAUUAUGCGUUAUUGGCUUGGUGUGUCGCAAGUGGUACGCGCUCUCACGUGACCGCACCCUUCACCGUCGGGUGGACCUAUCUCACGUGGAGCUGACACCAAAGCAGCUGAAACUCCUGCUGCGUAUGCGAGCCAUGCCUCCUGCAGUGGAAGAGCUAAGGGUCUUCGGGGACCACCAUUGCCUGUGGGCCUGCAGUGUUUCACCUGGCGCCCUAUUGCGCAUUCAGCGCCGAUGUCCCAACCUUCGUGGCCUCCACAUCCACAACUUCAGUUUCCGUUCGUCAUCUCGGGACAAGUGCGUUCGUCUGGCUGACUUCCCAGACACCCUGGAGCACCUAUCACUUCGAGGGUCCAUAGUGGGACGUGGGGCCUUCUUCAAGGCAGGGAGCCGCCGCGGUGGUCAGAAGGGCACGGGUGUGGGCCCCGCGCGUCUUCGAGUGCUGGACUUGGGCCGGUGCUUCUUCGUGGCCGACACCGAGCUGAAACCUUGGCCGUGGCUGCCGUCCCUGGCCGAACUCUAUCUGGAAGGAUGUCCGUUUCUCGACUCCGCAGGCUACUUCCAGGACAUGGUACGCAAGCUGAGCCAUCUGCUGCUGCUGGACGUAGAAGGCAGCUGCCUAUUCGAAGGGGCCUUAGAGCUGCUUGCAGUGCAUUGCCCGUUGCUGGAGCAGCUUUUUCUUGGUUGCACUGCCACUCGGGAUGUUUCCCUGACUGCCUUGGGAGCAGCAGGAGGACUGCCCUCACUCAGAUGCCUCUGUCUUGUGCAGACGCAGGUAACCGACAUCGGCCUGCUGACGCUGUCACGUGCUGCCCCCAACCUCCGACUGGUCAUGCUGGACUCCGAGCAGGGGGUGUCUGAUCAAGGGGUGGCCCAGUUGCACGAACGCCUGCCGGGGGUGUCUGUGCAACUUGGUGAGUGCGUAGGACUGGUGUCCGCCGUGUUCCGCCACGAAGGGUGUGGCCAUUACGAGCUACAGUAUGGCCACGAGUCCCAAAAGAACGCGACUUGAUGGAUUCUUUAAUCGUUACGUGAUUCUUUGUUCGUUGUGGACAAAAGCAACAUUGGCUGCAGUUUGCUUCCACAUUAUGUUCAGUUGCGUCGAUAACAAGCACUUGCUGUCUAACAGCUCUCUUUCAGAUCUCUAGUUAUUCUGUUGUGAACAGGUACCCCAGGACGACGAGCAUUGCAAGAAUCAAGACGACUGACUUGUUUGACCACGCUGCUUUCUUCUCAUGCAUAUAAUGGACUGUUGUACAAAGUGUCAUUUUGUAUAUCGCAUUUCAACACUGGUGUGAAACUAUGAA